AGGACUUCCGAGAGAAACCAGGGAGGCAGCCGGCAGAGAGCUUUGAGGCGAGUUUGAGGCAGAAGCUUGCGCAGAUUCUGUGUGGGUGACGGCAGAUGCAAGGGCAGCCGCUGGACACUUCAAUCCAAAACAAAGGGACAAGCGCAACACUUCAAGCCACAGAUCUGAGUUCUACAAAUUGGGUUUUUGCUCUUCUAGACUUAUUUUUCCCUUGUUUGGAUAUGGAAUUUUGGUUCAUCAAUUUAAUCUCAGAUUUUAUCAUGUUUAGUGGACUCGGAGGUAAGUGAGGAGGAGUCAUCUCGUUGGCCAGUCUUGGUAUCUUGGAGCACUAAAUAAGAUUAUUCUCUUUGAGUUCAUGUUUGUUUUCUUAUAUUUUUCUUCUAGUUCUCUUCUUUCCUGGAUCCCUGACUAUCUGCAUCGAGUAGCUGCAAAGAAGCUGAGAUUUUAAAAUCAUCCACGUUAUGGCAAUGACAAAUACUAGUGCUGCAACCUUGAUUGUCCCUCAACUUCUAAAAAGGGGCAAUUAUAAGAGUUGGAGCAUUUUCAUGGAAGACCAUUUGAUUUCUCAAGAGCUUUGGGAUGGAAUUAUUGUUCCAUUCGGCCCUGAGCAACAGUUGUUUAGUGAAUCUGAGAAAAGAAAAAGGAAUGCUGCUGCUCUGAAUGCCAUUAAGAUUUCAUGCGAACCAGAAAGCUUUGGUACCAAACUAUGGAAAGGCCUCAGUCCCUAAUUGUGCAGAAUGCAGUUGACAAGGGCGAUCUUAAUGCUGUAAUGGACUUUUUAAGGAGAAAUCCAGGGGCAGAAAAAUUCAGAUUUGGGACAGGUGACACUAGUCUUCAUUACGCAGCUAUGGUUGGCAAGUCAAAUAUUGUCAACGCAUUGCUUGAGUGUACCCCUGCAGUGGAAAAGGAUCUGUGGGAUAAUACAGCUCUAGCACGUGCUGCUCAGUUUGGAUAUACCGAGAUUGCAAAAUAUUUAGUUAGUAAGGAUUCUUCUUUGCUUUCUAUGGUAAAUCGACUUGAAGAUAUCCCGGUAGUAACGGCAUGUAGACAAGGGCAUAAGGAGGUGACAAACUUUCUCUAUUCCGAAACCCCAUUCGAAAUGCUAUUAUGGGAAAACGGAAAACAAGCAUCCAAAUUACUUCGUUGCUGUUUUAUUUCCAAAAGAUUUGAUAUCAUGUUGGAUGUACUUCACCGUGGUCAAAGUUUAAUUGAUCAAAAUUGGAAGGAUCUUUUGGAUAGAUUCGCCCGAACACCAACAGCAUUCAGCAGUGGAAGUCGGCUAACAUUUUGGCAACGAUGGAUCUAUGAGUGUGAGUAUCGUUUAUUCUUUCGUUUUAAUCCUUCCAUCGAUCCCCACUUUUGUCUCUUUUAUUUCUUUUUUUCAUAAAUUUGAUUGUUUUGCUGGUAGUCUCAUAAAAUAAGCAGAAUUGUUUCUUUAAUAACCAAUUAUAUAUGCUACAUGUUAAUGCAUGCUGCAUGCCUUUUUCUUUUUUUUAAUUAUUUCUUUUCUCUUAUACAGUCCAAUUUGCUUUUCUUGAGUUAUUAAUUUAAUCUUAUUAAUUAUUGUCGUUAAAAGAUUUGAAGGUAUACAUACCUAGCGAUUUUGCUGUUGUUAUUAUUGAUCAGAAAGGAAAACAAUUUGAAAAGAUGCCAUUACCAGGUAUGUUCUACUUCCUCUCUCUUUAUAUAUAAUGAAAAGUAAAAUCAACUCCACCCAUAUACAACCAUUAACUAUAUUUUAAUUACCUACGUACACCACCUCGUCCCAUUCAAUGCUAUUGAAUAUAUAUCGUGUUUUUCC